UGUUUAACAGUAAAAAAUGCAAAUCAUAAUUAUAAAGCAUUAGAAAACAUUUCAGGCCAUCUAUUUAGUUAUCAGUUGAACAAAGAAGAUCAACAAAAAGUUCAGGAAAUGUCUACAUCAGGUAUACAUCCUCGAGAGAUACUCUCUACUCUUUGUCAAAACAAUCCAAAUAACUUAGUAAUUUCAAAACCUAUUUAUAAUGCCUAG